AUGUCGGGUAAAGGCAAAUCACAUGGUGGGAAAGGGAAAAGCGGAGGAAAGAGUGGAGAAGGACGGAUACAAGUUUCUCAUUCAGCACGUGCAGGGCUUCAGUUUCCAGUAGGUCGUGUUCGACGAUUUAUGAAAGCGUGUACACAGAAUAACGUACGUGUGGGAGCAACAGCUAGUGUUUAUAUUGCAGCAGUUCUUGAAUAUCUUACUGCGGAAGUUCUUGAGCUUGCAGGAAACGCGUCAAAAGAUCUUAAAGUUAAACGUAUUACACCGCGACAUUUGCAACUAGCAAUUCGGGGGGAUGAGGAGUUAGAUUCAUUGAUUCGUGCUACGAUUGCAGGUGGUGGUGUUUUGCCUCAUAUCAACAAAACAUUGCUUCAAACACCGAAGAAUAAGAAAGUUUCCCAGAAAUAA